AAGAAAAACGUCGAUUCAAAUAAGAACAGAGGAGAUUUUACAAAAUUUUCAUUUAUUCACAUACAGACUAAUGAUUUGUAUGGUUGUUGUAGAAUAAUGUCUGGUAAAAUUUUAUUCGUUUUUCUUGGUUGUUUGUUUUGUUUUGAUCUGAUUGCAGCUAUCGAUUAUCCAUGGCAGCCAUUGUUGAAAAUAUCAAACAAUACAUUAGCCAAAGCUAUUCUGCCACGAUAUUUGAAUCUAAAUCUUAUCAAUGAUUAUCAUCUAAGUAGUAAAUGUCGAAUGGAUAUUCAUCGAGCGAUCAAUGCUCUUUAUGAGCGAAAAACAUGGUCAUAUAAAUUGUUUGAUUCCUGGGCUCGUUCCAUUCCUUCUGGUAUGAUGGUCGGUACAUUUGCCGAUUUAGGUGAUUUUGAUCAAUGUAUUUCGAUCAAUCCCAGCCAUAUCAUAUCCAAAUAUUGUAUUAUGGAUUUGUCAAUAGCAAUGCCCAAACCAGUACCUUUACAUUUGAAAACGCAUGUUCAAGUUCUAAAUGACAACGAAACUAAAUUGAAUGGAACAAUUUUCAAUCAUAUGGCCGAUAAAUCAUCACUUUUUUAUUACGUUCAUCUUUGGAUGGGAAUCUGUUUGCCUGAAUCUUGUUCACAAAAAGAUAUUCAAUAUUCAUUCAAUACAACUGGUAUCACUCAAUAUGGUUUUCGAUUGCAUUCAUCAUCAUGUAAUAAUGGUGGUAAAAAAUGGAAAUUAAAUAUUCUACAAAUUAUAUCGUUAAUUGUCUUUGGUUCUUUGCUUAGCAUGAAUGUAAUAUCUGCUAUCUAUGAAAAUUUUAUACAAAAUGAAAAUGAUUCAUCAUUGAUAAAAACAAUAAUGAAAUGGUUUUCACCAAUUCAAAAUACUAACAAAAUAAUCUCAACAAAAUCAUUGAAACAAGGUGAAUUAUCUUGUUUACAUGGAAUUCGUUUCAUAUCAAUGGUAUGGAUUAUUAUUGGUCAUGUAAUGGUUUUGUCACCUCGAAAUCUUCAUCGUCGUUCAUUUGAAAUACCGUUUAAAAUAACUGGAUUACAAUUUCAACCAUUAUUAAAUGGUUUUUAUUCUACUCAAACAUUUUUCUAUUUAAGUGGUCUAUUAACAUCUAUUGUUACAUUUAAACAUACAAAAGGAGAUUAUCGAAAAUUUCAAUAUAUUCCAUUCAUAUUAAUGCGUUAUUUACGUUUAACACCACAAUUAAUAAUGUAUAUGUUAUUGGAUAGUUUUACAUCUGUAUUAUCUAAUGGUCCAUCAUGGUCAUUAUAUUCGAAAAGAAUUACUUAUCAAUGUUCAAAAACUUGGUGGUAUAAUCUAUUUUACAUUCAAAAUUGGUUUAAUUUAUUUGAUAUUUGUUCUGGACAUACAUGGUUUUUGGCUGCUGAUAUGCAAUUGCAUAUUAUAUCCGGCAUAUUCAUUUUAUUAUUAUUACGAAAUUAUCGUAUCGGUAUGAUGGCUACUAAAUUUUUUAUCAUUGUAUUCAUCUUUGUCUCAGCGGCUAUAGUUUAUAUUAAGAAAUUUCCACCUGGACUUAUGCUUUCCUAUUCAGGUUAUUUUGUACUGCCUAACGAAAAAAGUGGUGAAUUAUUACUUUUUUUCUUAAAACCAUGGAUUCAUAUAAUCAUAUUUUUCACUGGUAUUAUAACGGGUGUUCAUCUACCAAAAUGGUCACCGAAAACAAUUAAAACAAAUGUUAAAUUUUUCUAUUGGUCAUUAGUUGUUUUUGGUUAUCUAUUCUGUAUUUAUUACACUGCACCUUGGCUAAAUGGUCGUUUGCCUAUAAAUCCAUUAUUAUCAGCUAUUUUAUUACCAUUAAGUCGUAUUAUAUGGGCACUUGUAUUGACAUUAAUCGUAUGGCUUUGUGUUACGAAUAAUGGAAUAUUCAUUGGUCGUUUUCUAUCAUGGUCAUUGUUUCGUCCAUUAUCACGUAUAACAUAUUCCGUAUAUUUAACUCAUCCAGCAAUUUUAUUUAUUUGUCUACAUUCUCGACGUAAUCUUAUGAGUGAUCGUGAAAUUGACGAUCUAUCUUUGAUGGUAUCAAUGAUUAUAUUCUCAUACAUAGUAGGAUUUAUUUUUACCAUUAUAUGUGAAUGUCCAUUUACAAAUAUUAUUGAUUAUAUCCGGAAUCAUCGAUCUGAUAUGAAAAAUACAAAAUUCAACAACAACAAAAGCAAAUGUCCUGAUGAUCAACGUAUGGAAUCAAAAGUAUAGACAUUAAAAUCAAUCAGAAUAACAAUUAAUCCAAUAGAAUCAAAAAUUUAAAUCGAACAAUAUUUUUCUUAUUAAAAAAUAAAUGUCACCAAGAAUUAGU